AGCUGAGAGCACGAGACAAACAAAAGAGGCGCAGGUAUAUGCUGCCACUGACUGACAAUUGCAACGCGAACGCAGUGUAGACUAAUCAACGUAGUAGUCUACUUUCCGAAGAUCAUUCUGAUUGCAGGAUUCACAGGUUUACGCAAAGCCUUGACAGGAUCAGCGAGGACACCACCGCAAGGUUCUAAAGUAGCUGCGCCUAACCGUCAUUUGGGGUUUGAGAUAGAGAUGGAGCUGGAGCAUUUUGACGAGCGGGACAAAGCCCGGAGACACUCGCGCAGGGGCUCGCGACCAAACGGCUUUCCCAGCCCGACCCACAGCGCCCACUGCAGUCUGUACCGCACGCGCACCCUGAAAGCGCUCAUCUCGGAGAAGAAGGCUUGGAAGGUCCGUUUCUACCGCAACGGGGACCGUUACUUCAACGGGAUCGUGUACGCCGUCUCCCAGGACAGAUUCAGGUCCUUCGACGCCCUGUUGGCGGACCUGACCCGCACCCUGUCCGACAAUGUCAACCUGCCACAGGGGGUUCGGACCAUCUAUACAGUCGAUGGCAGCAAAAAGAUCACCGGCAUCGAUCAGCUGGUUGAAGGCGGGAGUUACGUGUGCAGCUCCAUCGAGCCGUUCAAGAAGCUGGACUACACCAAGAACGUCAACCCCAACUGGUGCGUGAACCCGAGGGCCUCCGGGACGUCCCGGGCGCCGCCCUCGCUGGCCAGCGCCAUGGGGGGCACCCCGGAGACCCGGGAGGCCAAGGACUUCAUCCGGCCCAAGCUGGUGACGGUGGUCCGCAGCGGCGUGAAGCCGCGCAAGGCCGUGCGCGUCCUGCUCAACAGGAAGACCGCCCACUCCUUCGAGCAGGUCCUCUGCGACAUCACCGACGCCAUCAAGCUCGACUCCGGCGUGGUCAAGAGGCUCUACGCCCUGGACGGGAAGCAGGUGACGUGCCUUCAGGAUUUCUUCGGGGACGACGACAUCUUCAUCGCGUGCGGCCCGGAGAAGUUUCGCUACCAGGACGACUUCCUCCUGGACGACAGCGAGUGUAGGGUGCUGAAGUCCACCCCUUAUGGGAAGAUCUCCAUGCAAAACCGGGGGUCUCCCAAAAGUGCUGGGACGUCCCGGCUGAGCAAGUCUCCUGUGUCUGCCAGCUCAGUGAACGGGGCUCCAGGCAGUCAGCUCUCCACGCCUUGCUCUGGGAAGUCUCCCUGUCCCUCCCCCAGCAGCCCCAGUAGCCUCACAAGAUGCAAGGAGUCUCAAAAUGGUGGCUCCUCCCUCUCCCUGGCUUCCACCAAAGUCUGCAGCUCAUUGGACGAGGGUGACGCGGCAGGAAAUGAAGUAGCAGCGGCUGAUCCCAGCGGUCGGUGCGAUUUGAUUGGUCUCCCCAUUCCCAUGGCAGCGGAGGUGCUGGAGGACCAGCCGCAGGUGCCCGCCUCCAUUUCGGAGCGGUACAAGGUGGGGCGCACCAUCGGGGACGGGAACUUCGCGGUGGUGCGCGAGUGCGUGGAGAGGUCCACCGGGAGGGAGUACGCGCUCAAAAUCAUCAACAAGGGGAAGUGCGGAGGCAAGGAGCACAUGAUCCAGAACGAGGUGUCCAUCCUCAGACGCGUGAAGCACCCCAACAUCGUGCUGCUGAUCGAGGAGAUGGACACCUACGGCGAGCUCUACCUGGUCAUGGAGCUGGUCAAGGGGGGCGACCUCUUCGACGCCAUCACCUCCACCAACAGGUACACGGAGCGAGACGCCAGCUGCAUGCUGCACAACCUGGCCAACGCCAUCAAGCACCUGCACAGCCUUAACAUCGUCCACCGGGACAUCAAACCGGAGAACCUCCUGGUUUACGAACACCAAGAUGGUAGCAAGUCCCUCAAGCUUGGCGAUUUCGGCUUAGCCACUGUCGUGGACGGACCCCUUUAUACUGUGUGUGGGACACCCACCUAUGUAGCACCAGAGAUUAUUGCAGAGAGCGGGUACGGCCUUAAGGUGGACAUCUGGGCGGCCGGCGUCAUCACCUACAUCCUCCUCUGCGGCUUCCCUCCGUUCCGGGGAAGUACUGAAGACCAGGAAGUCCUCUUCGAUCAGAUUCUGCUGGGACAGCUAGACUUUCCAUUACCCUACUGGGACAAUGUUUCAGACAGUGCUAAGGAGCUGAUUCAGUCGAUGCUGCAGGUGGAGGUUGAUCAGAGAUACACGGCCCUUCAGGUCCUGCAGCACCCCUGGGUCAAUGACGGGGGCCUGCCGGAGAACGAGCACCAGCUGUCUGUCGCCGGAAAGAUCAGGAAGCACUUCAACACCUGCCCCAAACCGGACAGCCCCACGGCCGACGUGUCCGUCACUUCGCUGGAACAUGACUUUGCCAUCCAGAGAUCGGGCUCUUUGGACUACUACCAACACCCUGGAAUGUACUGGAUUAGACCCCCGCUCUUAAUACGGAGGGGAAGGUUCUCAGACGAAGACGCCACCAGGAUGUGAGAGCAGCAGACACACGCAGCCCCGCCCCCCUUAUGACAUGACCGGGUCGGCAGACUCCUCCCCCCCUGGUCCUCUGAGCUCCGCCCAUCUCCUGACUCACCCUUCUAGAACACUGGACUGCAGUACAAGAGGAAGGGAGGGAAGGGGAUGGGGAGAAUGGGAUGAAUGGGAAAGAAAUGGGGGAGGAAUGAUGGCUAAGGGGAGGGAGGGGAGAGGAGAGGGGGAAAAACGGAAAACAGUAAUGAAGAGGGGGAGCAAAUAAAUGAGGAAAAAAGGAGAAGGGGAGGGAACUGGAAUAAAGGAAGAGGAAAGGAGAAUUAGAAAGGAGAGUGGUUAAGGAAGUAGGCCUAAUCCAAAACCUCGCUAUACACCAAGCACAAUGGUGCGAACAGAACUGAGAUCACCCUGGAUGUUUUCCUUCAAACAUCACUCGUUUACAUCUUUAUUUAUUUCAUAUUUUAUCUAUUUAUUUAAUAUUUAUUGUAAUUUUUUAUUUUUUAACCGGAGAAUGGUGCGUGAAGAGAUUCAGCCUACACGAGUGAUGGACGCUCGAGCCAAUUUUAGAAUGAACCUGUGCAGCCACUUUAAGCGCUGAAACAGCAGGCUUAUUUUUAGCGUUUCUCAUAUUUUUUCAGCUUUUGUAAAUGUUUCAUACACACUCGAUAUCGGUUUGUGAAAACUUUACUUUUCAAAGAGAGCCGUGACGUGUCUAUUUCCCUUUGAGUGUUGAGAGUUUUGAAGCACUGGUGCCUACUUUUUGUGUCGGUCUGAAAAGGCGGAUAGCUGUGAAUCAACACACCCCCUUAUGAAACCGUAUUCAUAAAAACCACCAAUCAGCUCACAGAACCGCGAACUCAUAUUCGAAGCUGUCGAUAUCGCGACAUCGAACAAGGGUAAAGAUAGAACAGCAAUAGACGGAUCAGCGCUCUCACGACGAAUUAGUGUUACAACGGGAAUCCUGGUGAAGGACUGCUUUGUAAAUAAUAUCCGAUUUAUUUUAAUAGCUAAUAAAAAGUAUUUAUCUUAUUUUUAAAGCACCGCCUUUAGAGAGAGAGAAAAAAACGGAUAGGCCUACCUCCAUACAAAACUGUCACCGUUAAAAUAUGUAUCAACCCCGCGCGUGCUGGGACCUUUGGCUGGGACCCAUCAUUGGCAAGAUCUCACAAGUAGCCCCUAGCAAAUUUCGCGGAUGAGCACGGACGGAUAUGCCUACCGAAGCGACUCCUGUAUGCGACCCAAAAACCAUCGAAAGCAGAUUUGAAGAGUAGACAAAAUAAGCCGCUCUAGUCUUUAAUCCCUGACAGCAGUCCAAUCACGGAAAAUAUUAAAUAACCGAUAUUAAACGACGAAUGUGCAGUCGGUUUAGUGUCCUCGUUUCACCUGUGUAACUAUCUUCCUUGUGAUAUGUCAAAUGAAAAAAAAAAAAAACAUAUAAACUGUACGUGUCGUGCAGAGCGUCAUUACAAUGUCAUACCUCAAUAAGUGCGAUUAUAUUAUUGUAAAUACUGUAAUUACCAUGCCGCUACUGUUUCGUGUCCAUUGCACAGUCAACGCUUCGAUCCCCUUCACUCGAAAAAAAAAUCGUUAACAUAAAACUUACAAAAAUUACAGAUACGGAGGUCUUUUGAAGCCAUUUAACGUUACGGAGACAAAUAUUUUCUAUCCAAGGUAUUAAGGGGUCAAGUUAAUGACAGAUAGCAGGGUGCUGAUUGAGAUAUUGACGAGGCGUGUGUUAUAACUAGGCUUAUAACACUGAAUGAAUGGAUGUUUUUGUAAAGUUUGGUGCAAAUGUAGCAUUUUUUUAAUUGCGAAGAUAACCGGGUGUUUUUUCCUCUUGUCUACAGAGGGCAAUAUUUUGUAUGUAUGUGUGUACGUACAGUAUGGGUGUGUUCAAGGAUAUGUGAACUACGCAGUUCUCUGGGCGAACGAACAACUGUUGUAAAGAGGCACCGAAGGGGAAGGCCUACGCAACGUGUAUUUGUAAUAAGAAUAUUUACAGUGUUUGUAAGUGCUGAUCACGACUUGAGAAUUUGCUGCAAUAAAGUCAAAGUACAGUACUUGUUUUGUUCAAAGUGUUGAUCUAAUAACCCAAAAGCAUUGCUCGACUUUUUAAAAAUGCAACUAUUUAAUCCGAUUACAAAUGAAAAAUAAAGAUUCUUUGGUGAACACUGGCA